UUGCCCCUCCCAAAAACUGGAUGCUGAAAAAGAACGUCAUCUACCUUUUUACGUUUAGCUUUAGCAAAAAUUAGCUAGGUGUUCAAUCAUAGAUAAAUCCUGCCGAACCAAGCGUAUUUUCUUUUGAACCGACAGCCUAAGUAAGAGCGAUAUAUUUGGCGCUCCCUGGUAUUACAGUGCCAAACAUGUAUGUAAAAGCCUUACGUCGAUGCAGAGACAUGUUGAAAGGAGAACUGGUCGUGUGAAACGCUGACUAGCUUACUCAAAGCUAACUGACGAACAGGGGCCGAGAAGCGAAAGUGGCUAAUAUUAAGGACUGCUAAGCCUAUCACAACAACGCUGGGUGUCUUAGCAUUUCUACCGUGAUCACGAGAAGAGGGGCUGAUAGAGGGAGACUGAGAGUGAGAGAUUCCUUUCAUACGCACUAGCAGUGGGUCUCUCAGGGCAGAGCCAUGGGUGCGUUCCUGGACAAGCCCAAAACAGAGAAGUACAACUCACAUGGCGAGGGCAAUGGCCUGCGCUAUGGGCUAAGCUCCAUGCAGGGCUGGCGGGUGGAGAUGGAGGAUGCUCAUACAGCUGUGUUGGGCCUUCCAGCCCUUGGUAUGACUGACUGGUCCUUUUUUGCUGUGUACGAUGGCCACGCAGGCUCUAAAGUUGCCAAUUACUGCUCCAAGCAUCUUCUUGAGCACAUAAUCACCGCUAGCUUAGGGGCUGGAAACACACAAGGCUCUCAGUCUGGAUCAGACGGCUCCAACGCUUCAGUACCAGUUCCGCCUGCAGUGGAGGCUGUGAAAGCCGGCAUCCGGACAGGCUUCCUGAAAAUAGAUGAGCACAUGCGCAGCUUCUCCGACCUUCGAAAUGGCAUGGACCGCAGUGGCUCUACGGCAGUGGGAAUUCUUCUGUCACCUGAUAAUUUCUUCUUCAUUAACUGUGGGGAUUCUCGAGCAGUUCUCUACCGCAAUUCACAGGUGUGCUUCUCCACACUUGACCACAAGCCUUGCAACCCACGUGAGAGAGAGCGCAUCCAGAAUGCUGGCGGUUCAGUGAUGAUUCAAAGGGUUAAUGGGUCACUGGCUGUAUCAAGGGCCUUGGGGGACUAUGAUUACAAGUGUGUGGAUGGUAAGGGUCCCACAGAGCAGCUGGUUAGUCCUGAACCAGAGGUGUUUGUGAUGGUUCGGGCACCAGAACAGGAUCAGUUUGUGAUUUUAGCGUGUGAUGGAAUCUGGGACGUUAUGUCCAAUGAGGAGUUGUGCGAGUUUGUGAAAUCGAGGCUUGAGAUCUGUGAUGAUCUGGAGAAAGUCUGCAAUGAAGUGGUGGAUACCUGUCUGCACAAGGGGAGUCGGGAUAACAUGAGUGUUGUGAUAGUGUGUUUGCCCAAUGCUCCCAAAGUAUCGGAGGAAGCUGUGAGGAAAGACACUGAGCUCAACAGUUACCUGGAGUCUCGAGUUGAAGAGAUGCUGUCUCGGCCAGGGGAGGAGGGGUUUCCGGAUCUGGUAACGGUGAUGAGAAACCUGUCCACUGACAGCGGCAUGCCCCCUCUGCCACCAGGGGGUGGUCUUGCCAGCAAACGCAGUGUUAUUGAAGCAGUAUACAACCGUCUGAACCCAUACAGGGAGGAGGAUGGACCCUCCUGUUUCAUUUGAGUGGAGCGGAAUUGGAGUACCACUGGUAGCUGUCCAGCACAACUGCCUGAUCGAAAAUACAGGACCACUAUUCCACAUGAGAUUACAUUCAUUGUCACCUUUUAAUUUUUUCUGUAAUUCAUUCCCCCCCCCACACUGAGAAUAACUGAAGCUGAAAUCUUGGUUUUAAAAACACCUAAUGUGGAGGACUGCAAAACUGUUUUUGUUCCUUUUUUUAAUUUUUUUUUUAUUUUAAAUAGACAAACUAUGGGGGGGGGCACUGCGUUCAUGUUCCGACUCCAGAACUACAUCUACAAUAUAAACACAGCGAGGAGGAGAGGCCAACAAGCACAGUUUCUCUUGCCCCUUGUUUUCUUUUUCUUUUUUUUUUGUGGAUUUGCAGAGACAGAGGUCACAGGUCUGAAUCUUUUAGGGUUCUGUGGUGCCUUGCUUGGACCAGAGAGAGAGAGGGAGGGAGAGAAAGGAGGACCUCAUAACUCGCCAGCCAGCCACGACCAAAACCAACCACUUGUGGAUUCAUUGUAAACACUGAGAAGGCUUAAAGUGGUUUGUGGCAUUAUUUGUUUGGAAGUGUGAACUUUUUCUUGCGCCUGACGGGGAGUUGAUCGACCACACAAGCCUGCAACUCAACUACACACCUUAAGCUAUACUGUCCAGUUCAGGAUCUGGGCGUUACUGGUACACAAACAGGAGCCAACUCUUCACUUAUUAAUGGACAUGGCUCACUGGAGAUCAUCUUACAGAACUCACAGAAAUGUAAUAAAAAUAACUAAAUGAAUCACUAUCCAAAGACCUUGAGGUUAAACCCUCAAAUUCAGGGUCUGAAAGCCUGAGAAUCCACACCUGACGAUAAGGGGAGCACUUAUGUGAGAGACUUUCUGGCACCAAAUCCCAGUUUGACUCCCGGAUAUUAUGUCCAGACUUAAAUGGGACGUGGACUGGUUUGCCCAGCUGCAACUACAUUAAACUUGAGCGUGAUAGCGACUCUCUUGCAUGUCUGCUUACUUUCUGUCUGCUCAUCUCUUUCAGGAUAUUGUCACUUGAUUUGUCACUCUUCCCUUCUGUCUGCCUUAUUUUUUAAUUUUUUGUUGUUUUAACUUCAGUUUCUCUGCUGCUUCAUGAGGCAGAAGAGACUCAGCUCUCAUUUUGCAUUUGCAGACAAUGCCAGAAUCAUAAGCUUUUGAGCCUGCUGUUGUUGAAGAUAUUAUAGAAAGAUAGAAACUGUAUAUGAAAUUCAUAAAUAUAAAAAAAUAUAUAUAGGGAGAUAUCUAUAUAGACAGAAAUAUUUUGAUUUGUUUGUUGUCCCUUAAAUUCCCAGCCAUGGUAUUCAUUGCGGCCUAAUCUGGAAAAAAAAAAGAAGGGGGGGGAGAAACACCCCCACCCAAUAGCCCAACCCAUGAUGCUGCACGCACCGUUCCCACACAGCAGCGUUCCAAAGACGGGGUUUGGGGUAAAGGAAUUCCAACCGCCCCCUCAUCCUUAACACAUGCGCACACACAAUCCUGCUCAUGCUACAGCUUGCCUUUUUCUAUCUCUCUGAUAUCCUGUGUGUGUGUGUGUGUGUGUGUGUAUUAAAAAAAAGAAGAAAAAACACAAAUACCUUUUUUUGGAGUUUAGAUUGUAAACAUUUAUUUACUUAAAAAUAUGCUUCUUUUUUUUUUGGUAUACUUUUUUUUUUAAAUUACUAUUGCUGUGGUCGUGUUACAAAUGGAUAAAGAAAACAACACGAGGAACCUGAAACAUACCUUUUACAACAUAUUGGGAGACUUUGGUUUCGGCUAUUCACUGUAUGAAGUUGAAGGAGGGACACUAGGCUGAAGAGAAGGGGUUCUACACUGAGAGUUAAAUUCGCAGUCACUGAAUUGGUGUUCUUUUUCUUUUUUCCCCUCUUUCCCCACAACCACCUUCAUUGACUUUACCUUGAAGGCACAGGGCAGUUGCUGAUUUAGGUUGGGUUUGAGUUUACCAGGAGUCUUUUGUGUUAACCUAAGCACUAAAAAGAUUGAUGGAAGCUUUAGAGAUGGAUAUUUGUCAGGAAAAAACCAAGUCUUUUACAGUGUGCACACACAUGCAUUGUCUAUGUGUGUGUAGUAUUUAGAUGGGGUUAAAAUAUGCUAUAAAUACAAACCUGUAACAUACAGGUAUAUAUAUUCAAUCAUUUAAUGGCAAAUGUAAUGUGCUUUCUGAAGUGGCAGUAUUGGAAGAGAAUAGACCUAACAGAGAUUGCUGGCUGGUUAAUGUUAUUGUGGUACACUUGCUCUUGGUGCCAUAUGACAAAUAGGUACUUGAAUGUGUAGUUAUUUUGCAGUUACAGUUGUUUUAAUGCAAUGGUAUAACUUUUCUUUGUGGUGGAGGGAGUGGGAGGGGUGGUAUCUCCUAUUGGUGCAUGUUUUGUGAUUGAGGAAGGAGUGUAAUUUGCGUGUGAUAUGCACUGGGUGGGCGGGUGGGUGAUAAUGUGGACAAUGUUCAGUAUGGUGGAACACAAUGUUGGAGAGGAAAGGCAGUGAUAGAGGAACAACCUGUAGAUGAACUGGAGCACAAAUGAGAAUAUUAAUUCACUUUUAGGUACUUAACGUACAAAUUAGAUUUCCCUUACUUUAACCCCCCCAAACCGCAUGUUUCCCAUCAUUCCCAUUGUGAAUGUUGUCAUAUCUCAGAUUCGCAUACUUUUUAACAUUGUGCAAGCUUUUACCACACUGAACAUGGUCUUCAGUUAAGGUUUUUGUUUAAGCUAUAUCAGACACUGGGCUUGGAGAGAAUUUAAGGGAGGGAAGGACAGAGAAACAUUUAUUUUUCUGAAUGUAAUUCUUCAUUAGUCACACUGAUUCCACUGCAUGGACGGAAUACAAGCAGCACUGCAGGUUCACAUUCUCUCCUCAUCGGUCAUUUAAUGGCAGAACAAGCUACCUUGGCUUCCUUUGUUUUAAAAAAAACAA